AUGGAUGCUCUCACCAAGGCCAUAAGCAAACUCAACUUAAAGCUCCCCGAGGGCUUCCGCAUCGAGGCCAGCAAGACGGAGCACAUCCCCGGGAAGAUGUUCAUCGGGGGACUCUCCCGCAAUACAAGUAAGGAAGCUCUUUUUGACUAUUUGUCCCAAUAUGGCAAGAUUAUCGAUUUCACUAUUAAAACCCACCCAGAAACUGGAGUAUCCCGGGGGUUCGGGUUUGUGCUUUUCGAAGAUAAGGCGGCCGUUGAGAGGGUGCUGCAAGUCAAAGAGCACCAAGUGGAGGGGAGGAAAUUUGAGCUUAGAAAGGCUCAGGCCAUGGAACUGAAAUUUCCUCCGAGAAAAGUUUUUGUGGGCGGGGUGAACCCUAAGACGCCAGAAGACAAAAUUAGACAGUACUUUGGGACAUUUGGGGAGAUUGAGCAUAUUGAGCUGCCAGUUUGUCCGAAAACAAACAAAAGACGAUCUUUCUGUUUUAUCACCUAUACUGACGAAAUCCCGGUGAGGAAGCUGUUAGAAACCAGGUUCCAUCUCCUGGGCUCCAGGCCGUGUGAAGUUAAAAUUGCUGUUGUGAAUGAAAUUCCCAAGAUGCCGCUGAGGAGAGGAAGAGACAUUCCCUUUCCCAAGCUAGACAAUGCCUCUGGGGGUGGAGAGCCCCCAACAAAGCCAAAUGCUCCGGGGGCUGGCGGAGUCAACCAAAGUGUUUGCGGGGCCUGUGGAGUCGACCCGAAUGCUCACGGGGUCAUCAGAGUUGACUCAAAUGCUUAUGGGGCCGUGACAGUCGACCAGAAUGCUAGCGGGGCCAUCGCAGUCGACCAGAAUGCUAGUGGGGCCAUCGCAGUCGACCAGAAUGCUAGCGGGGCCAUCGCAGUCGACCAGAAUGCUAGUGGGGCCAUCGCAGUCGACCAGAAUGCUAGCGGGGCCAUCGCAGUUGACCCAAAUGCUUGUGGGGCCAUCAGAGUCAACCCAAAUGUAUAUGGGGCCGUGGCAGUCGACCCAAAUGUAUAUGGGGCCGUGGCAGUCAACCCAAAUGUAUAUGGGGCCGUGGCAGUCAACCCAAAUGUAUAUGGGGCCGUGGCAGUCAACCCAAAUGUAUAUGGGGCUGUGGCAGUUGACCCAAAUGUUUAUGGGGCUGUGGCAGUCGACCCAAAUGUUUAUGGAGCCUUCAGAGUCAACCGAGGUGUUUACAGGGCGAGUGGAGAUAUGGGCAAUCCUAGCAUGGUGCUUGCUCCCGUUCACAUCUCGCCCUGCAACCAAGGCUAUAAUUAUUCUGAUCAAGCAUAUGGCCCCUUCUACAAUGCCUACAGUAACCAGCCCAUUUUUAAUAGCUACAACGGCAGAGAGCAUUUUGUUGGAUGUAACUAUGGGACUCAACCCAUAGGAACUGCACUUGCUAAUUACAAUGUUCAACUAAACCAGGUGCCUGUCUUCAGUACUGGUUACCAGGGAAUUUACCAGCCUUUCUGA